AACAUUCUAGGACUCGAUCCUCGAAAAAACGACGGUUUUUCAAAAUUCCGUUCAAUUUUCGUUUUCACUAUUCUAAUUUUAGCUUCAUUUUCCAGUCAUUUAGAGUUUUUUUUUAAUUUUAAAGGGCUAGAAACGUGUGAGCGUGCUGCAGAAUCUAUCAUUCCCCAAUAUCAGACAAUGUGUAAGAUGGCUUCUUUUCUACUAUACAAAAAUAAAAUGCUCGAAUUGAUUAAGAAAUUUGAACAGUUUUGGAAAUUGGACCGGUUUGGUCAUUUUUAUGCUAAAAAUCUCCACUCAACCUAUUUCAUUUUUCAAAUAUUUUUCUACGUUUACGUGGUGAUCCUAGCUUUAACUUGUGCAACGUUUGUUCUCGUCAAGUUUAUUUUUAAGACCGGAAAACCAAUUUCGCUGUGUUACGGGGAGUCAGAAGGACUUGAAACACCUUGGGUUGAAUUUUACGUUGUUUUGCAGACUCUUGAAGUAGCGAUUAUUUUUCUUGGAAUCACAGGGUAUGACAUGGUUUUUUUUUACUACACCGGAUAUAUUUGCAUGCAAUUUAAAAUACUAAAAAUUGCUUUUGGGAGAAAAAAAAUCAAGACGUUUGAAUUAUGCAAUAAGCAAUUUCUGGAGGCUGUGCAACAUCAUGAUUUUUUACUACAAUACGUUGAGCAACUUGGUAAUAUUUAUUGCUGGUGGUUUUUACUCCAAUACUUUUCAAGCCUUUUUGGAAUCUGUUUCGGCUUAUUUUUGAUUUCCAAAGAAGGGUUACCCACAGAGCGCCUUGUAAAAUACUUUCCUUACAUUUUUUCAUUUACUAUGCAAUCGUUUACAUUUUGUAUGACCGGCACCUUGCUAUCUGACUGGUCCAGCGAAAUUUCUGAUGAAAUUUUUUAUAGCACCUGGUUCCAUGAUCAAGUUUGCAAAAACAAAACGGCAAGACUUAUUAUCAUGAAUCGAGCACAAAAACCAGCUAAAAUAACAAUUGGAAAGUUUUUGGACUUAAAUUUACGUAGUUUCUUGCUUUUGAUGAGGAGUGUUUUUUCGUUUCUUGCUUUCGUGAAUAAUAUAUUAAAUCGAAUCAAUUAA